UGUACUUCCUGGUUAACUGUACUAGUGGAUAUAUUGUGAUGUUGUUGUUGUUGCAAUGAAGAUGAUCUCAAAGCUGCAAACACAUAUUAUUCUUAUUAUGAUACAGACUUGUAUGAUGACAGUUACAGCACAGAUAAAUCUGGCUUUACAUGGAAGAGCAGAACAAGACACAACAUAUAAAGACGGAGCUGGUAUUUCAUACAAUGCGAACUUGGCAAUAGAAGGACCUGCGAAUAACAAUUGGAAUGAUGGAUGUUCAUCUACAGCUGGUAAUCAAUCGAGCACAUGGUGGGGUCUUCUUCUUCCCAAAUUAGCCUACAUUACUAGUGUUCAGAUGUAUUUACGGAAUGAUGUGCCAACCCGAAUGAAUGAUUUCCGGUUGUACCUUUCAAAUGGAACUGUGUAUUCCGAAACAACUGAACUAUGCUACAGAGAUAUUAAAAAACAGGCCUACCUUAACCUGAAUAGGAGCAUCGAUUGUGAUAAUAGCCCUUCAACAAAUGUGUACUUCUUCAACAGAUACACGUUCAUCCAAUUAUGUUACAUAGAAAUAUACGGAUGUUGGAAAGGUUUCUGGGGAGAAAAGUGUGCAAAACCAUGUCCACCCAAAUGUAUUGACCAACAUUGUUAUCCUACAAAUGGAACCUGUAUUUGGGGAUGUGACCCUAAAAACUGUAUGAGUAAUACGUGUUACAGUACUACAGGUGUUUGCUUUGGAGGGUGUGUUCUUGGACGAGCUGGACAAUACUGCAAUAAAUAUAACUUGGCUUACAAUCAAACAGCAAAGAUAAUUCCUGUGGGCCAAACUAAUGCAAGACUUUCAGUCGAUGGACUCAUAUCAACUUGUAAUAGUUUUUCUUUUACUGGAACCAGUUCCUAUUUGCAAGUUGCAUUUGAAUCCCUAAGUGUUAUAACUACAGUGCAUUUUGUUUUUGGAGAUAAAACGACCGAUGACGAUGGUCAUACAGUCUAUUGUUCUAAUACCACUGAUACGUGGAAUGAUGGCACAUUAUUGUACAGGGGCAAACGUUUGGAGACGGACAUCAAUGUAUUUGUUGUUUGCAUAUAUUUGAUAUAUGUACCACCGAUGUUAAAUGGAGAUUCUUUAGUGGAAUUGUGUGAAAUUGAAAUCGGUGGCUGUCCUUUAGGAAGAUAUGGAAUCAACUGUAAAAAUGUUUGCCACUGCAACGGACCAUAUGACUUAAUUACAGGAAAUUGCACAUUUGGAUGUUUAGAUGGGUGGAUUGGUUACAGAUGUGACAUUGCUUGUUCUAGUGGAAUGUUCGGAAAUCAAUGUAGAGAACAUUGUUCUGCAAACUGCCUAAAUCCACCAUGUAAUCACGUGUCAGGUAAAUGUAAUGAAGGUUGCAAUAGAGGAUGGGAGAAAUACAAUUGUACAAAAGAAUGUGACAUUGGCCAUUUUGGUUCAAACUGUUCACAGACCUGUCUCGGGUGUAUAUCAAACAUGUGUGAUAAAGUUACCGGCAGGUGCACUUAUAUCAGUGCAUGUAAACCAGGCUUUUUGAAUGGAGAGUACUGCAAUCAGGAAUGUGACGAUUGGUAUUUUGGGAUAAACUGUGCAAAAAAAUGUAACUGCCGCACUACACCUUGUAAUAAAUUUGAUGGUACUUGUUCUGUGGAAGAGUGUGAAAGAGGAUGGCAUGGUGCUUCGUGUGAUGAAGAAUGUACUAAUGGUUAUUUUGGAUUCAGCUGUAAGAUAUUUUGUGAAACAUGUUUUAAUCAUUCAUGUGAUAUAAUGCAGGGGAAUUGCAGAGCCGGUUGUAUCGACGGAUACCGUGGCCGCACGUGCACAAUGAUGUCAGGUAUUUCUAAUGUAUUAGUCCAUAUACAAUAUAUGUUGCAAUUGUUUUUUUAAACUGACCGUUAGAAAAAAAUAAACAAGUAUGUUUUUGUUUUAUUGAAGUUGAAUUUAUCGUUCAGUCUUUAAAUUCUGUCUGAAAAGGGAAUUUCAAACUGUGUAUUUUCUUAUAUGGUUAAAAAAAAUGGAUUGCGGAAAUAGAAAGGAAACAAUAUAUCGAUUCAUUGAAUAUGAAUACAAUAGUAUGGUUAAAAUACAUUUUCUUUUAAAGGCUUUAUAAAACAAUUUAAGAAAUUGUAACUGUUGAAGGGUUUGCUCAGACGUACAUGUUGUUUGAAUUGUUUUUUAAUGAGACUGAUCGUAUUGUUAUUAUUUUCAUAAUUUUCUUAGGUAAUUUCAAACUUUAAUAAAUCCACACAUUAACUUAUGUUAUAUAUUAAUAGAACUGUAAUGUGAAUCAGAUGUACAGACACCUAUUUGCUAUUGAUUCUAUUACUUUAAUUUUGAAAUAUAUGUAUCAUAGAAUAAAAACAAACAUCAUUUAGCUAUUUGCAGAAACCGCUGGUAUUACACUGAUGAUAGUUACGUACUUUACUAUUAUCCCAAGAUGACACACAGUCUUUAUAUAGUGCUCAAAGUAAAACUAAUAUAUAUAAGUACGUGUGAACCAGUGACAACUUUACGACAGAUUUUAUCCAUCGGAUCACCAGUGAUGGUGAUACAAGGCUGAAAACACAUUCUGUAUAUAUAAUUCGUCUGAAUAACAGCCCAACAAUGUUGGAUCUGUAAAUUUGCGGAAGCAAAUUUUUGUUCUUCCCUGGCCGGAAUUCGGACUCAUGCUACUGAGAAAUCGUGGCACCAA